AUGUUCCGGCUCGUUUCGACAUGUGCCGCAUUCGCCCUGCUGCUGGCCGCCACGGCCGGCCAGCCGGCGCACGCCGCCGACGGCGCGGCGGUCGUCGCCCCGCUCAGCGGGCCCUAUGCGCCGGUCGGCCGGGCGCUCGACGAGAGCGUCCGGGCCGUGCUCGGCGACGAUGUGCCCGCGCUGGACGAUGGCUGCGAUGCGCAGAUGGCCGAAAGUGCGGCCCGAGACGUGAUCGAGGCCGGCGACGCGCUGGUGAUCGGCCUGCCCUGCAUCGAUGCGUUCGAUGCCGCCAUGCCGGCGCUUGCCGACGCCGGCGUGCCGGUGAUCGCGGUGGACGUUCGCGCCGCGGACAUCACGACCGCGCCGCGCGGUGCAACGCGAUGGCCGGUGUUUCGCUCCGGACCGGCGGCGCACACCGAAUUCGCCGUGCUGGCCGGCCAUCUCGCCCGUGCCUGGCGCGAGGCCAGUUUCGCGAUCAUCGAUGACGGCACGCUCUAUGGCCGGCAAUUGGCCGAAAAUGUCCGCCUGCUGCUGGCCGAUGCAGCACUGGAGCCGGUCUUCGUCGACACAUAUCGGCCGCUGCUCGAAAGUCAGGCCGCGCUGGUGCGGCGGCUGCAACGGUCGGGCGCAAGCCAUGUGCUGAUCGGUGGAGAGGCGCGCGAUGCGGCGAUCAUCGCGGCCGACGCGGCGCGGAUCGGCUAUCGGCUUGCGAUUGCCGGCGGCAGCAUUCUGGUCGCGCCGCCCGCCGACGGGCGCCUUCCGGACGGCACGAUCACCGUCGCCGUGCCCGCCGACAUCGAUCCGGCGCGGAUCGCCGCGCAGGUCGCGCAGGCGGCACUUGCGGCGGACAUGCCCGUGAUCGAUGCGCUGCGCACGCUGACAUUCCAGACCGAUAUCGGCCCCCUCGCCUUCGGCGACGAUGGCGAGCCCGAUGCCCGGUUCUUCCGCAUCCACACAUUCCGGAACGGCCGCCCCGAACCGCUCACCCCCGACAUGGAUGGCCUCAAGGUCGGCCAGGCGACCCAUGCCCGCAUCAAGAGCGGCGUCACCGCCAUCAUUUGCGACGCGCCGGCGGCGGCGGGCGUGCAGGUUCUCGGCGGCGCGCCCGGCACGCGGGAGACCGAUCUUCUUGCGCCGCACAACACGGUCGAGGCGGUCGAUGCCAUCGUUCUUUCGGGCGGAUCGGCCUUCGGGCUGGACGCCGCUUCCGGCGUUCAGGACUGGCUGGCCGAACAGGGACGCGGCUUUGCCGUCGGCCCGCACCGGGUGCCGAUCGUGCCGUCGGCGAUCCUGUUCGACCUGAUCAAUGGCGGCGACAAGGACUGGGGCGACAAAUCGCCCUAUCGGGCGCUGGGCACGCUUGCCGCGCAGACGGCGGCGACCGAGUUCACCAUCGGCAGCCAUGGCGCGGGCGCCGGCGCACUGACAGCCGACCUCAAGGGCGGCCUCGGCUCGGCCUCGGCAGAGCUCGAACGCACCGGCAUCACCGUCGGAUCGCUGGUUGCGGUCAACAGCCUGGGCACGCCGAUGGUCGGCGGCACCCGCCAUUUCUGGGCCGCCCCUUUCGAACAGGACGGGGAGUUCGGCGAUGAGGGCCUGCCCGAACCGAUGCCCGCCAAUGCGACCGAUCUGCGCAUCAAGUUCCGCGAUCUGGUCUCCGACGGCGCGCCGGUGAACACGACGAUCGGCGUUGUCGCCACCGACGCCAAGCUGACCAAGGCGCAAUGCAAGCGGCUGGCGAUCGCCGCCCAUGACGGGCUGGCGCGCGCCAUCUGGCCGGCGCACACGCCGUUCGACGGCGACUGCAUCUUUGCGCUGGCGACCGGCCGGACCGAGAUCGGUCCCGAUCUCGAUGUGUUUGUCGAUCUGUGCGCGGCGGCGUCCGCGACCAUGGCGCGCGCGGUGGCACGGGGCGUCUAUGCCGCUCACGAAGAGCCGGGGGAUAUCAUGCCGGUCUGGUCGUCGCGCCGUUGA